UCAGCGUAAAUGAGAUCUGGCAGGGGAUUUCAAUGUUAGCAAUUCUGACUAUUAGGAAUCUCUUAAAAGAUAACUUGUGGGCAUUCCUGCUGUGACACAGUGGGUUAAGGAUCCAGUGUUGCUGCAGCUGUGGCAUCACUCAGAUUCGAUCCCUGGCCCGGGAACUUCCAUAUGCCGCCACGUAUAUCCGGCCCAAGAGCUGCUACCUUCCCAGCUGGUUAAUGCCAGAAUACAUGGACGGUCAUCUCUCAGUCCAACGCUUUUACUCCCGAACCAACAGCUUCCUAAUGAUUGAACCUGAACCCAAGCAGCUUCGCUGCGAUCAACAAAAGAUUGUUACUGUGCAUUACUCCCUAAACAGGGACGCUUACAGAGACGAGCCAAUUAACUUCUUCUAUUUGAUAAUGGUAAGAGGAUCUAUCUUCCUCAAUGGACAAAAGGAAAUCCAAAACAAAGCCUGGACGGGAAACUUCUCAUUCCCCAUCGAUGUCAGUGCUGACCUGGCUCCCAUGGCUGUCAUGCUUGUCUACACUGUUCACCCCAGUGGGGAAAUUGUAGCUGACAGUGUCAAAUUCCAGGUUGACAAGUGCUUUAAAAACAAGGUUAGCAUAAAGUUCUCGAAGGAGCAGGGGCCACCUGGCUCCAGGACCAGUCUCCAUCUUCAAGCAGCCCCUGAUUCAGUCUGUGCUCUCCGGGCUGUGGAUAGAAGUGUUCUCCUGCUGAAAUCAGACCAACAGCUGUCCGCUGAAAGGGUGUACAGUAUGCUUCCAAAUAAAGAACUAUAUGGGUAUAUCUAUCAUGGUCUCAACCUUGAUGAUAGCAAGUUAGACCCUUGCAUUCCUCAGAAGGAUAUGUUUUACAAUGGUUUGUAUUAUACACCUGUAAGCAACCAUGGGGAUGGAGACAUCUAUAAUGUUGUCAGGGAUAUGGGUCUGAAAGUCUUUACUAAUCUCCAUUACCGGAAACCAGAAGUAUGUUCCAUGGAGAGAAGGAUGCCGUUCCCCGGGCCAUUGUAUCUAGACUCAGGAGCAUACAUGCCCAUGGAUAAUGCCCCCUUGAGAACUGCAUUCUCAAAGAAGAAUUUUGACUACGUAGAACAGGCUAUAAGGGAAACAGUCAGAACGAACUUUCCAGAGACAUGGAUUUGGGACCUUGUCAGCCUUGAUUCCUCGGGUUCAGCAAAUCUUUCAUUCACCAUCCCUGAUACUAUAACCCAAUGGGAGGCAAACACCUUCUGUGUGAAUGGUGAGGCCGGAUUUGGCAUUUCAUCAACAAUUGCUCUGGAAGUCUCCCAAUCUUUCUUUGUGGAAACGACCUUGCCCUUUUCGAUGGUUCGAAAUGAACAAUCUGAUGUGAUUGUCAAUGUCUUCAGCCACCUGAAUACAUGCAUAGAGAUCUUUGUUCAGCUGGAAGCAUCUCAGGACUUUGAGGCAAAUCUCAGCAGCCCUAAAGACAAUGGCAGUGAGGUUAUCCAAGCUGGAGAGAGGAAGACAUAUGUCUGGACUCUCAUCCCUAAGAAACUGGGUAAAGUGAAUAUCACAGUAAUUGCUGAGUCCAAACAAAACGCUUGCCCAAAUGAAGCAAAGGAGCAGCAGAAUCUAAACUGGAAAGAUACUGUGGUGAAAAGUUUGUUGGUAGAGCCUGAAGGUAUUGAGGAAGAGAUGACUCAGGGUUUCCUUAUCUGUACAAAAGGCACCAAAGACUCCAGGCAGGUAGAUCUGGAUUUGCCAAACAAUGUAGUAGAAGGAUCAGCCAGGGCCUUUUUCACUGUUGUGGGGGAUAUUGUAGGACUUGCGGUGCAGAAUCUGGAAAAUCUUCUCAAAAUGCCCUACGGAGGUGGAGAGCAGAAUAUAGCCCUGCUGGCCUCUGAUACCUACAUCCUUGACUAUCUGAAAUCUACUAAUCAAUUAACAGAGGAAAUUAAAUCUAAAGCUUUCUUUUUCUUAUCUAACGGUUAUCAAAAGCAGUUGUCUUUCAAAAACCCUGAUGGUUCCUAUAGUGUGUUUUGGCGGUUGAAUCAGGAAGGAAGCAUAUGGCUCAGUGCCCUUACUUUUAAGACAUUAGAGGGAAUGAAGAAAUAUGUUUUCAUUGAUGAACAAGUUCCAAAAGAGACCUUGAUCUGGCUUUCAAACAAACAGAAAAGAAAUGGCUGCUUUCAAAGUGACGGCAAGAUUUUCAACAAUGCCUGGGAGGUUGGCGAUGAAGAGGACACUUUACUCACUGCCUAUAUCGUUGGUGCAUUCCUCGAAGCUGGACUCAAUUUCACUUUUCCUGCUCUACGAGAUGCCCUCUUUUGCUUGUCGGAGGCCUUGGAAAAUGGUGUCACAAAUGGCUAUAACCAGGCAAUCCUAGCUUAUGCUUUUGCAUUAGCUGGAAAAGAGGAGCAAGCAGACUCCUUACUCCAGAUCCUGGAUCAAUCUGCUACCAAAAAAAAUAAUGCGAUAUAUUGGGAAAGAGCGAAGAAACCCAAGACAGAUGCUUCCCCAUCCUUUACUCCUCUGACACCUUCUGCUGAGAUGGAAAAGACUUGCUACGUGCUAUUGGCUGUCCUUUCCCGGAAAACUCCUGACCUGACCUAUGCUAGUAAGAUCGUGCAGUGGCUUGCCCAACAGAUGAAUUCUUACGGAGGCUUCUCUUACCCCCAGGACACGGCCAUCUGCCUUCUUGCUGUGACCCGCUACAUGACAUUGACCUUCUCUGACAAUCAAAACAAUGUCACCUUUAGCAAUGAAGCAUCCAGUGAGAUUGUCCAGGUUAACAGUGACAACCGCUUACUGGUCCAGCGUUCAGAACUGCCAAGAGCAGGUGGACAAUACACAGUAGAUGUGGAGGGACAAGGUUGCACAUUCAUCCAGGCCACCCUGAAGUACAAUGUGCUUCUACCUAAGAAGGAAUCUGGAUUUUCCCUUUCCUUGGAAAUUGUAAGGAAAAACUCUUCCGAUACAUUCCAGAGUCACUUUGACCUGACAAUAACCCUCCAAUAUACUGGAAUUCACAACAACUCCAACAUGGUCCUUGUUGAUGUAAAAAUGCUCUCAGGAUUUACUCCAGUCAUGUCAUCCAUUGAGGAGCUUGAAAGCAAUGGUCAAGUAAUGAAGAGUGAAGUCAAGAAUGACCAUGUUCUUUUCUUCCUAGAAAAUGUUUGGGGUAUAGCAAAUAGUUUCUCCUUCUCUGUUGAGCAAAGCAACCGUGUGUCCAACAUUCAGCCAGCCCCUGUCAUGGUCUAUGAUUAUUAUGAAAAAGAUGAAUAUGCCCUUGCUUCUUACAACAUCAACAGUGUCUCAGUUUCCCAGUGAAACCAAACAAAGUAUGUGAAAGGGUUUAAAAUAGAAAUAGAAAACUAUUUACUUUGAACAAACUCCCUCUUCUGUAUCAAACCUGGAAGAAAACCAUGAACCACAUCAAGUUCUGAAUAGCCUGCAAUCUGCCAUGAGUCUUAUCAGAUUUUGUUUCUUUUCUAUUCCAUUAAACCCUCUUAUUCUGCA